CAGCAACAACAACAAGGACAACGAACACCCAAGCCCACCAAAAACCCCUUUAACCAAACCAAACCAAACCUCUUGAAAAAACCAGAAACUGAACACAACUGUGUCGUCCUGUAGUGUAAGAGAAGAGAAAGAUAGGAGAGAAACAGAGUGAAAGCCAUGGCUCAAGUGAGCAAAAUCAGCAAUGGAGCACAAAACACCUACACAACAAUCCAUCUUUUAAAACCCCAGAUACCCAAAUCUUUGUCUUCAAUUUCAUUUAGAUCACAGCUCAUUAAAGGGUCUUCUUUUGGUUUGAAGCAAUGUAAAAAAAUGGGUAGUUGCAAGCUAAAGGUUGAACCUUUGAAGGUUUUAGCUUCAGUUGCUACAGCAGAGAAGCCAUCAACUGUACCUGAGAUCGUUUUGCAACCCAUCAAAGAUAUUUCUGGUACUGUUACUUUACCGGGUUCCAAGUCUCUGUCAAAUCGGAUACUCCUUCUUGCUGCUCUCUCUGAGGGUACGACUGUUGUUGACAAUUUGUUGAAUAGUGAUGAUGUUCAUUACAUGCUUGGCGCGCUAAGAACACUUGGCCUCCAUGUGGAAGAGAAUAAGAAACUCAAACAAGCAAUUGUAGAAGGAUGUGGUGGCCAGUUUCCUGUGGGAAAAGAAGCAAAUGUUGAUGUUGAACUUUUCCUUGGAAAUGCUGGAACAGCAAUGCGUCCAUUGACAGCUGCUGUAACUGCUGCAGGUGGAAAUUCAAGCUACAUACUUGAUGGGGUGCCCCGAAUGAGGGAGAGACCAAUUGGUGAUUUGGUUAUUGGUCUUCAGCAGCUUGGUGCAGAUGUUUCUUGUUCUCCUACAAACUGCCCCCCUGUUCGCAUAAAUGCAAAUGGGGGCCUUCCAGGGGGAAAGGUUAAACUCUCUGGAUCUAUAAGUAGUCAAUACUUGACUGCUUUGCUCAUGGCAGCUCCUUUAGCUCUUGGAGAUGUGGAAAUUGAGAUCGUUGACAAAUUGAUUUCUGUUCCAUAUGUUGAGAUGACUCUGAAGUUGAUGGAGCGCUAUGGAGUCUUUGUAGAACACAGUGAUAACUGGGAUCGUUUCUUUGUUCAAGGAGGUCAAAAAUACAAGUCUCCUAAAAAUUCUUUUGUUGAGGGCGAUGCUUCAAGUGCCAGUUACUUCCUAGCUGGUGCAGCAAUCACUGGUGGGACCAUCACUGUCGAAGGUUGUGGGAUGGAUAGUUUGCAGGGAGAUGUAAAGUUUGCAGAGGUUCUUGAGAAAAUGGGAGCCAAAGUUACCUGGACAAAGAACAGUGUUACUGUCACUGGACCGCCACGAGAUUCUUCUGGUCAGAAACACUUGCGUGCUGUCGAUGUAAACAUGAACAAAAUGCCAGAUGUUGCUAUGACUCUGGCUGUUGUUGCGCUUUUCGCUGAUGGUCCUACUGCCAUAAGAGAUGUGGCAAGUUGGAGAGUGAAAGAAACAGAACGGAUGAUUGCUAUUUGCACAGAACUAAGGAAGUUGGGAGCAACAGUUGAAGAAGGACCAGAUUACUGUGUGAUCACUCCACCUGAGAAACUAAAUGUGACAGAGAUUGACACUUAUGAUGAUCACAGGAUGGCAAUGGCAUUCUCUCUUGCUGCUUGUGGAGAAGUCCAAGUCACCAUCAAGGACCCUGGUUGCACUCGAAAAACUUUCCCAGACUACUUUGAGGUUCUUGAGAGGUACACAAAGCAUUGAGUUGCACUCAAACCAUUCAUCCAUGUGUACAAGAGAGAGAGAGAGAGGUUAUCCAUUACCAUUAGCAACCAUGGGUAGUCCUGAAUCAACCCAAGUUUUUAAUGUAUCGUGUUGUAAUAUUUGAUUACUUAUGCAAGCAGGUUGAUGCUUUUAUUGUACUGGACUGGUCAUAUGUGAAAGGAAAAGCCGGACUUAGUUCAUUUAAUUA